UUAAAAAUAAUAUCUUGUAUUUAUAUAAUGCUUUGCUGUUUAAAGAGUUUUAACAUAAAACUACAGUAUCCUAAUUGCCUUGUAAGUCCUGCAUGUUGGACAUGUUCUCUAUUUUACUGAUAAGAAAACAAAGCAACAGAGUAGAAAAGUUAGAGGGGAGACUGAAUUCUAGUCAGGUGUUUACUUCUGUGAAAUAUAUCAGAAGUCUAUUACCACUAGAGGCCUUGAAAAUAUUACUAUCACUUUUAAGUGAGAGAUAUCAGAUACACAAGAGCAGAAAUCCAAGUCCUUGGUAAGUUGUUGACAGGUAGACCAUUGUCAGGAUAGUACUUAUUUUAUCUAGGAGACUUUAGUGGAACCUAGAGAGCCCGAAGAGAUUUGAUCUAACAAUUAAAUAAUUGAAUUUAAUGAGGAUUUUUUAGCAUCUAUUUUGUGACACAGUGCUGAGGUUCUGGAUAGAAUGAUGUACAAGAGGAUAUUCUCUACUUUCAGCCACUUUGCUCAAAUCCAAUGUACCACUCUAUGAUGAAUUCUUCCAAACCUGCCUAUUUAGAUUACUUUGGCAGAAUCCAUGGAAUUCUACUGUAUAAAGAAUUUAUCCAAUAUUGGCAUGAUGUGGAGGCAUUUGAGGCAAGGCCAGAUGACCUUGUCAUUGUCACCUAUCCCAAAUCUGGCACAACAUGGGUUAGUGAAAUUGUAUACAUGAUUUAUACAGAGGGUGAUGUGGAAAAGUGCAAAGAAGAUGCCAUUUUUAAUCGAAUUCCUUACCUGGAAUGCAGAACCGAAAAGGUGAUGAAUGGAGUAAAACAAUUAAAACAGAUGGCAUCUCCUAGAAUAGUGAAGUCUCAUCUGCCACCUGAGCUUCUUCCAGCCUCAUUUUGGGAAAAGAACUGUAAGAUCAUCUAUGUUUGCCGGAAUGCCAAGGAUGUGGUUGUUUCUUAUUACUAUUUCUUUUUAAUGGUGACUGCUAAUCCAGAUCCUGGUUCUUUUCAAGAUUUUGUGGAAAAAUUCAUGGAUGGAGAAGUUCCUUAUGGUUCCUGGUAUGAACACACAAAAUCUUGGUGGGAAAAGAGAGAGAAUCCACAAGUGCUAUUUCUUUUCUAUGAAGACAUGAAGGAGAAUAUCAGAAAAGAGGUGAUGAAAUUGAUAGAAUUUCUGGGAAGGAAGGCAUCAGACGAGCUUGUGGACAAGAUUAUAAAACACACUUCAUUCCAGGAGAUGAAGAACAAUCCAUCUACCAAUUACACAAUGCUACCGGAUGAAGUCAUGAACCAAAAAGUAUCUCCCUUCAUGAGAAAGGGGAUUGCAGGAGACUGGAAGAAUUACUUUACAGUAGCCCUAAAUGAGAAAUUUGACAUGCACUAUGAGCAGCAAAUGAAGGGGUCUACACUGAAGUUACGAACCGAGAUCUAGGAAGGGUUUUCUUGACACAUCUGAGAUUAAAGUGUUCUUCUCAUCAUUCCUUACCUCUUUUAUUUUAGACUGGUAGAGAGCGAGUCAUGUGAAAGAUCAUGAUCAGGUUCACAUGAUUAUUGAGAUCUUCAUAUAAAAAAGCAAGAAAGAUUUUUUUCCCUGCUGUUAUCUUUAAAAUGUUUUUCCUUUUCUUUCUUUAUUACAAAUUAUUACACAAAUCUAUAACCUAUGAGAAUGAUGUAGGAACACACAAAUUUUUGAAGUUGUUAAAGCCUCAUCAAAAAUAACCAAACAUUCCAAAUUCUUUAACUUUGUUGUUACUUUUUUCCAUUCGUUAGUACAUUUAGUAUAUAUAUAUAUAUAUAUAUAUAUAUAUACAUUUAUAUACAUAUAUGCAUAAAUAUAUAUAUUUACAUGGAAUUUGAAAAUCUUGACAGAAAGAACUAAAGAAUAAAUAAAUAUGAGGGUAUAAAUAGAUCUGUUAUUUCCUUCCUGAUAUUUUCUUUCACUUUCUGCAAAAUGGCUUAAUUUGGAAUUUACCUUAGUUUAAUGUAAAUUUGGGGCAUAACAGAACUGAUUUCCAGACCUUUAUAAAUAAUCCCAACGAGUGUUAUUUAUGCUUGAAUGUCUUUAGCUAAUUUGAUAUAGUUAUGCUUUAGUAUUAUUUCUGUCAUAUACACAAGAUAAUAAAAUUAAGCUCUGUAAAGUUUUAAAGAACGUGAUAUAUGCCAGUAAAAUAAAAUAC